GAGACAUAGCGUAACCGAUGCAGCUGUGCCGCCAGCUUAAGAACCGUUACAGUACGAUCACACGUCGUCUCGCGAUUACGAAAUCGCUAGAAGAGUCCACCGGCAGGUGUGAUCAGGAAAAGAAGUCGACUAAUUACACAUUAUGAAAUAAAAUGGACAUGAAGCAAUGUGAUGGACACGCAAGAUUGGUCAGCUUUUUCACGAAUUCGCAGAAGGAAGGGUGUGUCACACUUGACACAGCUGUGCACGUUUCUUUGAAGUUUAUCGCAGCACAGUGAUUCGGUUUUUCCCAGGCCAGAUUGAAGCGGAUCUAACUUGAUUCAGUGACUAUAUUUCAACGAGGAUGGAAAGCGAGAAGUAUUCAACAGCCGAUCGUAAGCUGAAGACUUACUUGGUAUACAGUGUCGUCCUCGUCGUUUUAUUUGCCUUCGCCGCGUUCAAAGCGACAAAGGACAGGACGAUUGUAUCGGUGAUCGCGAUCACCUUCGUCGCGUCCAUCUUUCUCGUGAUCUUCUUGCUCUGUGAUGUGACGCUACGCCUGUGCCAGACGCUGGUCUCGUUCACCACUGACGUGGGCCAACAUUCCGAGGAGAGCUUCUGGUCAGUGACGAAGUAUCACUUCUCUCUGAAUACCUUGUCGGCAACAAUCAUCAUCGUUGCCGCAUUGCUGUUCCUGGGCUUAAGCAUCACCAUUCAUGGGUGUCCUUUGAGAUAUGCCUGGGACUUCGGGCCGUACGUAUGUGUGCCACUGAUAAUAUUUUCCUUCUGCCUAGUCAGAAUGAGUAACUUAACUGAAUGGGAAACAGGAUUACUGUCUGAUCUCAGUGUUAUGAAGGGUCUGGAUUAUGGCACGGGUAUGGCGUAUAAUUUCUACUAUGGCUAUCUGAAGUUUACUCUACCAUCCAGUGAAACCGGCAAGAAGGGCAUAAUCGAGAAAAUCGAAAAUUUCGAGGACUAUCACAAUGUGACAUUUCUAGUACACAAACUAUUUCUUUUAAUACCAUCUUCUGGAUACAUUCCACCAGACUUAAAAGAAGCGUCCUGUCAAUGGAUGGAAAAUAUACAUGAGCUGGAGGAGGAAAGACGUAAUCGGGCUGGGAAUAUAGGCAGGACAUAUCGCAAUAAUGCCUACAAGAUACAUCCUGGAGGAAGAAAGUCGGGUAAUAAACCGAUAUAUAUAGUGGUGGAAGGUGCGACACCUUUGUUAACAUACUACGAAGUACAAAAACACAAUCAUCCUGAAUCUGCUGUAUAUAAACAAUAUAAACCUAAGAUUAUCGAGAGAUUUUAUACUAAACUACAAGAAAUUUUGCAAAGCAAUCCAGAAACCAAAGAUUUGUGUGAAUUAAUUUAUUAUGAUGAUUUCGACGCGAAAGGAAACAAAGUUAACGUUGCAACAAUACUCUUAGAAAGAAUAUCAAAAAUAACAAAUUCUGCAUAAGUAUUGAAAGA